AUGGCAAAUAUCUUCAAAAAGGCAUUCAAAGGUCGUCAUUUAAAUCCUAAUAACAAUGAAUGUAAACGUCCUCGAAGUCCACAGCCUCCACCGUCACCUGAUCUUACUGGACUUAGUCCAGUUGAACUUGCAGCACUUAAUGAUGUCAUAAAGCGACAAGAAGAAUUCGAAAAUAAAGAGAAAAACAGAAUAGAACAAAUCAAAGAACAGUUAAGGGUAUACGAAUGUCAAGUGAAAAGACAGAGCAGUACGAAGGGCAAACUGAAGCAUAUAGACCUUAGACUAUGCAGGUUGUGUUAUAAAACAAAGUUUGCUGAUGGUAUUGGACGUGUUUGUUAUGACUGUAGGAAAAGAGUAUGUCAGAGAUGUGGAUCGUAUGUUAGAGACCCAUAUAACCAUAAGUCAAGCAAGGUAAGCCGAGGCAGAUGGCAAUGUAACAUGUGUCUACUGAAACGAGAACUGCUGUGUAAAACAGGAGAAUGGUACCACGGACAUAAAGCACAACCAAGUUUAAAUAAACAGGCCUUUACCGAAAAAUUAGAUACUAUAGAUGUUGAUUCUUCAGAUAUUGAGGAGUUCUCUAGAAAACAGACGUGUUCAUCAGCCUCAGAAUCUGCGUCAGAAACAGCUACUGAUACAGAGGUUUUACGUAAUAGAACAAACCACAAAAACGUCAGUCAACAAAUACCAAGAAGGCGUAGUAUGUUUGCAAGUACAACAAUUGAAGUGAGCGAGUUUGAAAGUGAUAAUGGUGAACAUUAUGAAAGGCGCCCUAGAAGAAAUUCUAGGCGUCAUACAAGUAGGUCUGAUGUAAAAAAGAAACGCCAUAAGAUGCAAUGGCAGGAACAUUCAGAUUCAAAUUCAGAAAAUCAAACUGACGAAGAGAUGGACUACAUUUCUAAUAACCAUUUAAAUGUACCACGUGAAAUCAAAAACAGUAGACGACGAAAAGGUUCGGAGAAAAGAAAACAAUAUUUAAGUUCCGACAAAAACAAUGCAAACUUGAAUCGUGCGAAGGACAAAUGCUUGCAUAAUUUUAAGGGCAAAACUAGUGCAAAUUCUAACAAUCUAACACUGAGCAUUGACGAUCUUGAUGAUAAAUGUAGACGUUCAUCCAACGAAUCCGUCCAUUCGGCAAAUAAUGGAGGUGUUUGUGUUUUCUUCCAUCCAUAUGACUCAUUAUCGGAGGGUCAAAUUUCAAAAAGUACCACCAGUUCGUCACAAAUACAUCGGCAAGAUGCAGUAUGCUUUAGUAGUUCUUCCAGUAUUUUAUCAGAAAACAUGAUAACAAACCGUAGACGUCGUCAGUCAUUAUCACCAGCACCAUCACCAUCAAACAGCAGAAAAUAUAAAAGUGAAACACCACGCCAGAGAUCGAGAGCUUCAUCUGCGGAUUAUCUUGAAUAUGCUAACAACUCUGAACAAAAAAAUCAACUUCAGGUGGAUGCAGCAGAAAGUAAUAGCAGACGUUGCUCAGAUGAAUCCAUACGAUCUAGGCGGUCGACACAAUCAGAUGCGAGUCAGUAUUAUAGAGAUUAUUUCAAUAACUUGAAGCCAAGAGAAGUAUUACUGUACAGAGAUAGCGUGCCUUACAGCCCACGACAUCACGGACUAGGCAUGCGUGUGAUAGGUGGGAAACGUGGUCCUGAUGGUGGACUUGGUGCUUAUGUUACAUAUGUAGAGAAAAAAGGCCCAGCAGAUUCAUAUGAUAUAGUUGAAGGUGACCAAAUAUUAUUUUGGAACGGUAAAUCUCUCAUAGAUGUAUCUUUUGAAGAAUCUCGAGACAUCAUGAGUCAAAGUACAGACUUUGUUCAGUUGCUUGUAGUACAUUUUCCUGAAAGAAAAGAAGACGAUUUUUAUAGAAGAAAUAGAACAGUGUCAAAACCAAUAUGGGCGAUAGAAAGCAACGGAAACAAUUCAUCAGUUGAUAUACCUGUGGUCGUAUCAUCUCGAAUGACAAAGUCUAAUUCGCCCGUCCUUGAACCACCAAAGACACUUCCGUUACAAAAGCCUAAAAGGAGAAUGCUGCCUAAAACACCGCUAGAGAUUAAGAAAGAAGACCGACCAGUUACUGGCAAAGUUCAGUUCAGUUUAGGUUAUAAUGAAGAAGACGAAUGUUUGUCUGUGAAUCUUGUUAGCGCAGAAACUCUUAAACCUCCAGAUCGAUUGUCUGUGGCGGACAUGAAUCCUAUUGCAAUGGUACACAUUUUGCCCGACAGGAGUUUAUUUCCACCGUAUGAAACGAUACCACAGUUUAAUGUUAACUCACCUGUUUGGGAAGAAACUUUCAAUCUCCUUGACCUUUCUAAGUCAGAGCUGGAAGAAAAAUCUUUAGAGGUAACGAUCUGGAACUAUCUUGGACAUGACUAUGAAUUUUUGGGUGAAAUUCUUCUUGAUUUAGCGGAUUCAAAGCUUGAUAAUGAAGUGGUGACAUAUGAUCUGCAGGAUCAUGACGAAAAUAGUUCACCGUUACCUGUCCGACGACGGAGAGAAUCGGGUUCAGAUAUUACUGCAAGCAGUUUUGUAAGCCCAGUAGAUACUUCAAGUAUGACAUCAAGUCCUUGUAAUUUUGGAUCACCUUCUCAAAGCAGGGAUAUGUUACACAAUACGGAUAGUAAAUCAGAUUCAAAGAAAACACCUAAAAGGAAAAAUAGUCCUGGACUUGAAAAGUUACACAGGGUGUAUCAAUCUGUUCCAUCGUCACCAACUAUAUCCCCGGACACUAAUAAAGACGUUGGAUUUUACGAACAACUUACUCAUAGAGGUAGUAUCUCCAGUAAAAUGAGAAGACGAGUUUCAAGUGCAAUGGCAAAAAUAUCUUCAUUCUCUCAUCCUGAGCGACGAAAUAGUCGAGAAACUGAAAAGGAAGCAUUAGCGAACAGAAGUAAAAGUGCUGGUGAUGUAAUAUUUCAAAUCACCAAUACGCCUUCACCACGCCAUUCCAUACAAAACACUAUUACAUCAUGUGCCACCAGUUUAAGCAGUUUCUAUGACAAUGAUAGUGACGGAGAGGAUGACAGACAUCUAAGUAGAAGUGAUAGAUUGCUAUCUGUUGAUCGACCACCACCAGAGGGAGAUGAUAUAACGUCCAGUUUGGGAUCAUCACAAAUUCCUCCAAAGCCAUCUAGUGAACAAUCGGUUUGUGGUAAUAUACGCUUAGGAUUUAUGGUGUCUAAAGGUCAAUUGGAAAUAGACGUUAUACAUGUUUCAGGGCUUCAGAAUGGGAACGAAUCACCACCGCCAGACACCUAUGUAAAAACUUACUUGGUUGAAGGGCUGAAGACAAUUCAGAAAAAGAAAACACAAGUUAUUAAAGCCUCAUUUGAGCCAAUGUUUCGAAAGAAAAUAAAAUAUUCUGCUUGCAACAUUCAUGGAAGGAGUAUAAAGGUAAUUGUAUGGGCCAGACAAAAGACUUUUGACAAGAAGUUAAGUCUAGGAGAGGCUAUUAUCAAGCUUGAUGGGCUAAACCUGAGUGAACAUACUGUGUCAUGGUACAAACUCUUCCAAACUGGUGCAGCAGAUUAUGGAUCUAAUGAAUCACUAUCAUUUUGGUGAAAUAUAUCACCGGAUCCCUUGCACAAUGAAAUUGUAAAAACAGUGAAAAUGUUAAAAGAUCAAGGCUGAUAUAAUGGAUAAGGAUAAAGAGGCCUUUUAGUGAGAUUACAGUAUUCUUUGAUUAAUGAAUUGAUAUGGAUCAGAAACUUACACUGAAACUGUGGAUUGAAUAUAAAACAAUUGUCAACUAACACUGAUGAUAACUUAGAAUAAAGCUAUUACAGAAUAUUCACAAAUACUAAUGUUGCAAAGAGUGUGAUUUGAAAGAAAAAAUUGUCAUUCUAAUUGCGGUUAAAUCCAAACUGGCCUCUGUAUGACAAUAACGGUGCAUAUUUGCAAAGCUCUUUCGAUAUAAUCGAUUGCAAUUGUUAUUCUUAUUAGAGUGAAUCUUCUAUGAAAAGUUAUUUGUAAGCUAAUGCUGUUUAUCUAUUUAUUGCAUGCAUGAAUGAAAAUACAUAUGUAGUUAAUAAGACAGUCAAUGAUACAGCAACCUAAAUCAAAAGACAUAUAUUGAAUCAAUCAUUAAUCAUUUUUGUCAAAAAUACAAAAAGUAAGACAAUGGGUACCUUUGUAGACGUGGUGGUUAUUAAUAAUUGCAAUAAAAUUUCAUUUUGUUCUUAGUUUACUCCAAUAUUGGUCAUAAUACGAAUUUACUCUUGUCAACAAAUUUCAGUAUCGUUUGUACUUUGACUGAUAAAACUGUAUCAUAUGAUUUAACGAAAUAAGGUGCUUAUAUAUAUACUUUUUUCAGUUUUUCCAGUUUAUAUUUAUAAAUCGAGAAAAAGUAUGUUACCAUUCCUCCAGCUAAUUAUGGUAUUGCAUUUAAAUAUUUGCAAAAUAAUAUAGUUACAGCAAUGGAAUAAAACAAAUUGUUUAGUGUGCAUAUACUGCUCAGUUUGUUCCUUUGUAAUAUGUGUAUUAUAACAAAACCAUUCAUUUAAUUUGUAUCCAAAUAUUCCAAUCAGAUUUUAGACAAUAUUGAUAUGUAGUACAGGCAUAUAGAGUUUGGAUUUUGACUAUUUUCAGAUCUGGUCGUUCUGGAUUUGAUUUUUAAUGCAAUUUGAAUCAACUUUUUGUUCGAUUUCUGAAAAAAAUGGAGGCAACGAAGUAGCCGAUUUUAGCAAGAUUGGAUGUUUUUCAACUAAUUUAUUCUGGAGUUAUAUGAGUUUAAUCGUACAAAGUAAACAUUUUUGCGUAUAUCCCGCAAUAAAUAAAGUAUAUUUCCACCAUUGUUUACAUAAUAGUUUCAAAAUAUUGACUUUCGGGUUUUAAUGUCAGUGAUAAUAUUUCAAAUAACGAAGUAUAUGCCUAGCUAUAACUUUGACUAAACGAAGUUAAGUUUAUUCUUCACCAUAUUUUACAAUAUAUUCAGAAAAGAUGGUAAUUGUUUUCUAAUAGCGUGCCAUCAGAUUGUAAGCCUAAAAUAGUUAAACUAAAUUAACGGUAAAAUUUGAUAUAUGCAUAAAUAUUAUACCCUUGGUUAAGAUAUUAAACGUUUUCGAAAAACGUCUAGAACAUUUUGUGAACUGGUCCUUGUAUAACCUUUUCAAAGUGAUAAUAUUUUCUCAUUUGAUAUGACCAUGAUGCAUAAAAUUUAUUUCUGAUCUGGUUCUUUUUUUCUAUUUUCGCAAAGGCUUCAGCCUAUAAAGACAGUCUCAGUUAACAAGAAUAUUGCAGCUAAAUUAACCUUUUGCCAUUAAUAAAACCAGUCCAAAACACACGAGGUAGUAUUAUUACAGGGUCAAACUCUAUCCGUGAACAAAAUCAAUAAAGAAUAGUGCUAGAUGAUGAUUAUCUUUCUAUUAUCAUUUACCAAUUAAUUAGCACUAGGUAAUUCAAGGUAUCCUGUUAAUCAGAAAAUCUCCCUCAAAAUGACAAACUGUAGUGUUAUAUAUUUAUAUAUUUAUAAAAAAAUGUCGGUACCAAAGAGGUAUUGUAAAAUCAAAAGUUGACGGAGUUAUUUAUAUUGUGAUAUUGUUAAGUUGGUGCUGUGAUAUAACAUUGUUGAUUAUUAAUGUCAAUGCUAUAGUACUGAAAUCUUUUAAUAAAUAAUAGAAUAUG